AUGGCCGAAGCCGACGCUACCGGCAAAGAUGUCGCCAAUAGAGUGAUGCGCCGGCUGGAAGUGUCAAAGAUGACCAGAGCAUUGCAAGACAGACUGGCCUUGGCCAAUGUAAAGAUCAAGCAUGGCUGGGAGAACCUCAGCAUCGAUACCAUCGAGCCGCACAUCGACCAACAACUCAAGCGUAAACGGACGGCCUCGAGCAUCAACGACAGCUAUUCGGACACAUCGUCCAGCGUCUCCAGCCGCUUCCACUCUGUUGGUGGCAUGGCUUCAUCGCCCUUGACUGCACCCAUCUUCUCCGACGACAUGCCUCGGCUGGGAAGCUCACACAGCAGUCUCCAUGGAAGCACCCACAGCAGCAAACGUCCGAGGUUCACCGACGCCCAUAGAUACCCUGCAUCGAGCAGUCAGACUGGUCGCAAGACUCGCAGCGCUCUAACUGUCCAAUCAUGGAAGAGAUCCCACAGGCUUCCCGAAUCUUCUCCUGUCUACCACAAUAGAACGGCCAUCUUCCCUUCGACUCUCCACGUUCCGAAGCUGUCUUUCAUCUCCGAAGGCUCCAGCUUGAUCGACGACGCUCCUUCUCCCGAGCUUUCCGAGGACGACGACACCGAUCUUCCCGUGCACUCAUUCCAAGUGGACUCCGACCUGUACAACAUUCGCUCAUCGCCGCCAAAGACGCCACCCCCUCAACACCGCUUCUCGCGAACAUCAAAAGACAGCGAGCAUGCUCAGAGUCUAAUUCUCUUAUACCAGUCACCGACUACAAAUGGUGUCAACGGUGUUCGAAGCCUUGCUCCGUCCACUCCACCAUCCAAGACGACUCCUUUGCCGUCUUCGAUGAUGCACACACCAGGAGGCAGCAAUGGCCUCUUCGGCUUUGCACUAAGCACUCCCUCGAACAACCUCAAUUUCGCCGACUUUUGCAACGUUACUCCUAGUCCUGCACAGGUCAACUGGGCGGCUACCAAGAGUCCCCUAUCGGCACGCGAGCCACAUCGAAAACUGAAUUUCGACGGCCUCUUGCAACCAGGUUCCAGCCCUGAAGUUGCAAGACACUCCAAAGAUGGCGCUCUAGAGCUUGGAGCACUUCUCCAAUAA